AUGACGACAAUGGAUCUACGUGUCGGUAACAAAUACCGUAUUGGACGGAAGAUUGGAAGUGGUAGUUUCGGUGAUAUCUACCUGGGCACCAACAUCAUCUCUGGCGAGGAGAUCGCCAUCAAGCUGGAGAGUGUCAAGGCCAAGCACCCCCAGCUCGAAUAUGAAGCCCGUGUCUACAAGUCUCUUGCCGGUGGUGUCGGUAUUCCUUUCGUUCGCUGGUUCGGCACUGAAUGUGACUACAAUGCUAUGGUCAUCGAUCUUCUUGGUCCUAGUUUGGAGGACCUGUUCAACUUCUGCAACCGCAAAUUCUCCCUGAAGACCGUUCUCUUGCUGGCCGACCAGCUCAUCUCUCGCAUUGAGUACAUUCACGCCAAGUCCUUCAUCCACCGUGAUAUUAAGCCCGACAACUUCUUGAUGGGUAUUGGUAAGCGUGGAAACCAGGUCAAUGUGAUCGAUUUCGGUCUGGCCAAGAAGUACCGCGACCCCAAGACUCACUUCCACAUCCCCUACCGUGAGAACAAGAACCUCACUGGAACUGCUCGUUACGCCAGUAUCAACACUCACUUGGGUGUUGAGCAGUCCCGCCGUGAUGAUAUGGAGUCGCUCGGAUACGUCAUGCUCUACUUCUGCCGUGGUACCCUUCCCUGGCAAGGCCUGAAGGCUGCUACUAAGAAGCAGAAGUACGACCGUAUCAUGGAGAAGAAGAUGACUACCCCUACUGAGGUUCUCUGCCGUGGCUUCCCCAACGAGUUCUCCAUCUACUUGAACUACACUCGUUCCCUGCGCUUCGAUGACAAGCCAGACUACUCCUACCUUCGCAAGAUCUUCCGCGAUCUGUUUGUCCGCGAAUCUUUCCAGUAUGACUAUGUUUUCGACUGGACCGUCUACAAGUACCAGAAGAAUGCUGCCAUGAUCGUGGAUGCCAACAAGAAGGACAAGGAGGCUGAAGAGCAGCAGCGCCGUCAGGGUGUUGCUGCUGCGGCGCCCAUGGGCACCCCCGGUGCUGCCAAGCCCGGUGCCAUCUCCAGCCAGCGCCGUAAGGUCAUCGAACGUGGAACUCUUGACAACACGCCCGAAACCAACCGGGCUGUGGGAGGGAGUGACAGGAUGCUGCGUUCUGCUUCCAAGGUUGCUGCUUCAGGUGCUUAUGGCCCUGCCGGUAGCCGCGCGAAGCGGGACGAUGGGUACGGUUCUCAGUGGUACUGA